AUGGAUAGCAAGGCUGCUCAAGAUCCUGAGCUACGGCCGCUCCUCCAAACGACAGACCGUGUUCUAUCUGAUUCAGACACUUUCACAGACCGAGAUGCCAUCCGAAGGCCCUUUGCGAGCCCUAUCGAUGGAGGUGAGAUUGGCGCUGGUGAUCCUCAACCGUCGCGCUCAGUCGAAGACGUGGUGCUCCCCGAGGCAUCGCCUCUUGGGCGAACAAUUUCCUGGCAGAGCGCUUACAUCCUGGCGAUAUCGCGCGUCGUCGGCAGCGGCAUCUUUGCUACACCGGGCGCCAUCACCCAGUCCGUGGGAAGCAUCGGCCUUUCGCUCUCGCUAUGGGUUGUCGGCGCUGUGAUAGCUGCCUGCGGCCUUUCAGUGGCCUUGGAAUAUGGGUGCAUGCUGCCGCGCUCCGGCGGAACCAAGGUCUACCUCGAGUUUACGUAUCGGUGGCCGAGAUUCCUUGCCUCGACUUUGUACGCCAUAUACGCAGUGAUGCUGGGCUUCACAGCGAGCAACUGCGUCGUUUUCAGCCGCUAUGUCCUAUUCGCUCUGGGAGUCCAUGAGCCUGGAAACGUUUCCCUCAAGGGCCUGGCCAUUGGGUUACUCACCACCGUCACUGUGGUUCAUGGAAUCUUUCCCAAAACUGGCGUCAGAAUACAGAACACCCUCGGCUGGGUCAAGGUUGGGGUAAUAUUGUUCAUGAUCCUCUCGGGGAUUUAUGUUGUUCUCUUUCGCCCAGACUCCGACUCGAUGUCCGAAAGAUCAAACCUACUCUCCUGGGACCAACUUUGGGAGGACAGUAGCUGGAACUGGGGCGUCAUAGCGACAUCCUUGUUCAAGGUGUUUUAUUCAUAUGCUGGACUCGACAAUGUCAGCAAUGUAUUGAACGAGGUCAAGGAUCCUGUCCGAACACUGAGAUCGGUGGCCAUGACAGCGCUUGCCACGGCAUGCAGUAUGUACUUUCUCAUCAACGUGGCAUAUUUUCUGGUCGUUCCCGUGGAUGAGAUCCGAGACAGCGGCGAGCUGAUUGCGGCUCUCUUCUUUGAGCACCUUUUUGGCGAGAACCUUGGGCGAAGAAUCCUGCCUCUAGCUGUGGCACUUUCUGCGGCUGGAAACGUCAUGGUUGUGACUUUUGCCAUGGCACGCAUUAAGCAAGAAAUUGCUAGACAGGGCUUCCUCCCAUUCUCCGACCUCCUAUCGUCGUCCAGGCCUUUCAACUCCCCGCUGGGCGGUUUCAUUGUUCAUUAUAUCCCAUCUUUUCUUGUCAUUGCCCUGCCGCCAUCUGGGUCAGUGUACUCGUUCAUCCUUGAAGUCGAGGGAUACGCUGGUGAGCUUGUGAGCCUCGCGGUCGCUGUUGGGCUUCUUAAGUUACGGUUCCAACGACCCGACCUCAAACGGCCUUUCAAGGCAUGGACGCCUGCCGUGUUGGUUAAGAUAACGCUCGCAAUUGCACUCAUUGCGGCGCCAUUCUUCCGACCUCCUGAAGGCUCUGGUAAUGGCCUGUUCUAUGCCACCUACGCCCUUGUAGGGGUAACUAUCUUCCUUGCAGGGAUCGUCUACUGGUAUGUGUGGACAAUUGCCAUUCCUCGCUGGCGAGGGUCUAGACUGGAGGAGGAAACCCGGGUCCUUCAAGACGGAACUGUUGUUACAAAGCUGGUAUAUAUUUAGAGCGAGAAUCAUUGAUAAUGUGUAC